UUAUGUAUCUCAUUUCCUUGUAGAUUAUGCUGUCAUUGAUCAAGUGUGUCAUUAAUGCUCGAUAGUUUCAAUUGUCGUAAUGACAAGCUCAACAAAAGGAAGGUUUGAAGAGCUCUUACAGGCAGCCGCUGACCAAAAUUCAGAUGAGAAGAAAGCAGCACCAAAGAAAAGGAAGACUAGAAAGAAAAGAGAGGAACAAGUGCUGGAGCAACUGAAAGAAGGAGCUGACCUCCAAAAAGCAGAAGAUGCCUCCCUGUUAGCCAAUACGUAUGAUGGAACAGACAGUCCAAGAUUUCGGAAGAAUGUAACAAACGAGCGACGAAGAAAACUACCACCGAAGAAUGGGGAAAUCAACAAAGGUUUUGAAGAAGAUGAAGUGAUUAAUACCGGUGGUCUGGAAAGGCCAAGGAGAGUGAAGAAAAAAUCACCUAGAAAAUCAAAUUUACAAGAAAAAGAAGAAAAAGAACAAAAAGAGGAUGAUGAAGACACACAAAAGAGAGUGAAGAAAAAGAAGCGUAGACCAAAGGAAAUGACUGAGAAUUCCUUGGAGGAUAAAGGUAAUGAGGUAUUGCAGGAAGAAAAAGCUGAUACAAAAAAUAUAGAUGAAGAGAAUGAAGAGGAAGAAAACCAAAGGAAAACAACAAAAGGAAGGAAAAGGAAAAAAAAGAAGAAUGAAGAAGCUGUUGAUGAAAUUGGCAGUAAACCAAUUGAAUAUGAAGACGAUGGACGAGUAAUGGGCAUCUAUGUUCACCGUAGCGAUCGUCUGAAGGCUGACCUGUACAUUGCACACCCACUAGUGCGUGUACAUGUAGUGGAUAUCAACACAGGUGCAUAUGUGAAGAAAUCUAAAUUUGACCGUGCAGUGACCUCUUAUUAUGAGAACAAAAAUGAUAAGCUGGACUUCAUCCUACCCAUCUUGACUCAACCAUUUGAGUACAAAAAGAGAAAAUCUAUGAUUCCUAGCUGGGAAGAGUUACUUCUUUUGAAUGAAAGUUAUCUGUAUCUCACCUGUGGCAAAGAGAACUACCCAGAUGUGGUGAUGUUCUUUGAGAUUCUAGACUUUGUUAGCAUGAACUCUGUGAAUGGCAAAUCACAUACAGUUGCUGGUGAGGGCGGUUGGCACCGUGUUGCCUGGGCAUUUUUAAAGGUGAUUGGUUCAAACAAAACACUUAACACAGAAAAGAAAGUUCGUCUUCAGCUUUUUUAUCCACCAUUCAGUUUCAAGACAAAGCCAGGACAAGUAGAUGUGUACCAGUGGUGGAGUAGUAUCGUCAGGCAACCAUACCCAGCAACACUGUAUAUCACCAUCAAACCAGUUACCACACCAAGCAGCAUGGAGCCUGCCUUCAGAUCAAUGUUUGCAACUCAAAAAGAGCAAGGUAGAAUGACGUACAAGGAAUUGAAGAAGACACUGGAUGGAAGGAAUAAAGCACUACGAUCUGAUGAGAAGAAUCCCACCAACUGGACGCGUUUACCUGGUCAAAUGUGUCGAAUCCCCAACAAACUGAUGCUUUCACUAGCCGGGGGUAAGAAGGGUUGUUUUGUGAUUAAGUUUUCACAUGAUGGCCGUGGAAUUGUUUGCUGUUGCAAGGACAAGUCUGGUUAUCCAUUGGUUGUUUAUGAUAUUCCUUCUGGUGAAUUACGAUGUGAGUUUGUUGGUCAUUAUAGCAUCAUCUAUGAUGUCUGUUGGUCUGUAUACAACGAUGAAUUAGUUUCAGCAUCUUCUGAUGGAACAGCCCGAAUUUGGAAUCUUGCAACUCCCGGAGGGACAGCAAGUAAAGUUUUUCCUCACCCUAGUUAUGUAUAUGCAUCACGGUUCCACCCACACCAAAGCAACAUUGUUGUUACCGGGUGUUUUGAUCACAUUGUACGCUUUUGGAACUCUGAUAAUAGUGGUAUCAAUGGAGAGCUUUUACAAGAGCUGGACAACCACAAGGGUCUUGUGAACUGUCUUUGCUUCUCAUUGGAUGGAAAUCAGUUGUAUUCGGGCGACAGCUUAGGUACAAUAAUAGUGUGGAAGAAGAGGCUAAAUACAAGAGCAACAACAUCAGUAUCAAGUGGUGGAUGGCAAGUAGAAUCCAUCAUCCAGGAGCGUGAAUUGGUUGGUGUUUCAAUUAACAAUUUAUGCAUGCACCCUGGAGGCAAGAGGCUACUGGUGCAUGGCAGAGAUAACAGUAUUCGCAUGAUGGACUUAAGAAUUAAUGCUAUCAUCCAGCGAUAUGUGGGUGCCCUGAACUUUCGUGAGCAUGUCCGUAGCACACUGACGGAGUGUGGAACAUUUGUCAUCUCGGGAAGUGAGGAUUGCCAGGCUUAUGUAUGGAACACCGAUACAGGUGAUCAAGUAGCCUCAUACAGCACGCUAGGCUACCACCAUCCAGUCUGUGAUGUCGACUACCAUCCCUAUGAUCACAUCUUAGCCCUCUGUGCCUAUGGAGAAAGCCAUCCAGUUCAAAUUUACUAUUACGAUUCUAAAAUUGCUCAACUGGACUUAGGUCUUCAAGAGCGACCAAUGAAAGCUUGGCAGGAUGACAGCACCACUGAACAUGCUAAAGAGAGCCUAACCACUUUGUUGCAGACGAAGCAGAAUGCCACUAUGUCGCAGGAUACCGUCAAGUCAGAGAAACUUGAGCGGGCCAUGAGAAAGCUGUCAACUGUUUUGGCCUUUACUGGUUUGCAACAGGAUGUCAAAAAGUCGUCCAGUAGAGCAACCAGUCCAGCCCCACAGAGCUUGCUUAACAUGCAAAUGAACAGCACAUGGGGAUCAACAUUUGACAAGUCUUCAUUGCCAACCUCAAAUUUUCACUUAUCCAACAGCAGUCGUAUGUGAAGAAGAUGAGCAUCCCUAGUAUAUCCCUUCAACCGGCCCAGUCUGGUUCAGCCAGUUUCAAGUUUGUGUCGAGCCAAACCAAGCCUGCAAAGCUUCAUUUGGUAGUAGCGAUGUAUGACUACACAGCCCAGAGGUCAGAUGAGCUGACAUUUUCCCAGGGAAGUGUUAUCAAAGUCCUACACGAAGAUAAUGCUAACUGGUGGAUGGGUGAAAUGCCUGAUGGGAUGCAGGGCUACUUUCCUGCUAAUUAUGUCAUGGAGCAAGUGUUAUGGCCACCAGAAAAUGGAGAAAAAGCACAACCGUUAUCACCAAUUAGUGAUGAUAUAGAUGCGGUACUUAAUGAAAAACCUUUGCGCUCAACACCGCACAGUAAAAAAACAAAAAGCAGAAGAAAACUAUCUGCGGAUGUCGCAGAAGACGAGGUGGAUGGGGCAACGCCAUCCAGGAGGAAAGGCAGAGACAAGAAGGUAAUAGCUAUUGAGAGUAAAGAUGGUGAGUUAAAUUUCAUUUCUGGAACUGAAGAUAGUGAACAAGAUACACCAGGAACGAGUCGUCAAAGAAGGCGGAAGAAAAAGCAAUAUACAGAUCCAUCCCGUGCCAAAAUGCGCACAUUAAUAGCUGCAGAUAGCGGUUCAGAAAUGUCACCGAAUCAACUCCCUCCACAAGGAAAAUCAAAGCGGAAUGGAUCUACUAGCCGACGAAGGCUUGCAGAGGCCGGAAGUGAGGGAGCAUCAUAUGAGGCCAGCCCUAGACGUCAUUCGCGAACUGAUAAAGGUGAUAGAAUGCCAGAGAGUGGAACAAAAAGGAAACCAAGGAAAAACCAUGAGGAAAGAGACAUAUAGUGGUGUAGGUGUUGGGCUGAUAUUAGUUUUGACAAGGAAACGUAAACGAGUCUCACUUCAGGAGCCACACAGUCCACCUUGAUCAGUGUUGUUUUCUGCCCUUGGUAACAUGUGAUCUGCCCUUGGUAACAUGUGAUCUGCCCUUGGUAACAUGUGAUCUGCCCUUGGUAACAUGUGAUCUUUUGGUAGCAAAGCAUAGCGUAGUAUUUUGUAAAUUAACACAUACACACAAGACUACAGUUUAUGUAUUCUAUAAACAUUUUUAAAUGGUGCUACAUUGAAAAAAAUUUUUUAAAAUGACUAUAGAAGUUUUCACUUUUUACAAUUGUAUGUACAUUCCUUAUAAUUUGAUUCCUUAUAUAAAUUUGAUUGCUUAUAUAAAUUUUAUACUUACUUGUGCAUAUUGUAUUAUAUGAAAUGUAUGUAGUAAUUUAUAGAAACCUUUCUAAUGAGCUACUGAACUUAUGUAAUUGUCUUGAUAUUGGUGUCAAUGCAGUCUGGAUGAAAGAAUAUCAAAAACCUUGAUUUCAAGCUCUCAUGUUCCAGAGUCUCAAAAACAUAUUUAAUUGUUAAAUAUGCUAAUUUGGCAAAGUUACUUUAACAUUCAUUAAUUUUAAAUAUGCAAAUAAUUUUUGUCUUACCUCAAAUUCUAAGUGAAAAUUGCAAUUAUUCUUACCUUUAAAUUACCUUGACACUAAAUUGCACCUUGAUGUUUAAAAUAUAUUGUAUUUAUACUACUCUCUGAUACUAAUGUCAGAAGUAGAAGCAAUUGUAUGUAAUGUAUGUAUGUAUGUAUGUGUACAGUGAGAAUAUCCUAUAAAAGUCUAGAUAUUUUGAAAGCAGCUAAAAUAUUUAUCCAUUCAACUUAAUUUGCAUUCACCAGCAAAUUUAUUUGUUGGCUUAGAUUAAGGUUCAGUUACUUCUACAAUUACACUAUGUGCAGCCUGAAAUAUUCAUUUGGAAAAAAACCCUUCAAGCUUUAUUUAAUUUGAUACCAUGUAGGUGGUUACCAUUUUACAAGCCAAAAUGCAUGAGGUGAGUGAGUGUGAACCCUAGAAUUGUGACCCAAACCUAAAAAGGUGGUGGAAAAAUUCCAGAUGUACUGUACCAACAUUGAUUUUCAGUUUGGAAAAAAUUGUUUGGCCUUAAUAUUAUAAAUUUGUUGUAUGUAUGCCCUACUAAUGCAAUGUAAUUAAUUUGAGGGCAAAGUUUUUUAAGAUAAGUAACAUUAGGAAAUGGAAAUCAUGAGAAGAAAUCAUGAUGUCUUGCAUCAUUUGAACCCAGAUAUUUGUUUGCUAUGAGAAGUUCCAAUAGGCCAUGUGACCCUCAUCUUUAUAAUUUUUUUUGUUUGUAGUAUCUAACACCUUCCACUACUAUUUACCAAGUUCAUUAAAAAUUAGUCCACAUUUUUCAUAGCUUACCUUUGCAAAGGGUAACUUUGCAAUGUUUCUUGUCCUGCAAAUUUUAUAAGUGUGCUUUUUUUUUAAAGUCUCAAAAGCCAACUGGUUAUCCUUUUUUGACUCUUAAAUUUUACCUUUUUGUAAAAGUUACUUUUAUCACAAGAAGACUGAGAUUAAUGCCUAUUUUUGCCAUGUUUUGAAUAUGUUUAUACCAGUUUUGUGUAUGAAUGUUGUAAGUUAUAAAUCAUAACAUUAUUAAUACAUGGUUUUUUCUGCCGUUUCCUGCAAGUUUAUUAUGAGAAUUAAGCCGGCCACCCACUGCGUCAUAUGACAAAUCCAUCCAUGUGAGCGCUAGACGACGCUGUCUGCUGAUUGUCGGUUGGAGUCUGAACGGAUCGUCAUUAAAAACGAUUCUUGGCACGCUCCUUUCCGUAGAAUUGAGUCGGUCGACGACCGUCGGGCUCAGUGAGUGACCAUCAUUAUAUAAACUCUGGAAAAUGUACAGCAUAUGAUUUUUCUUGAUUAAAUAAAAUGAUACAAAUCAAAUGAAAAAGUUUUAUGGAAAUAUGAAUCCAACAGUUUUAUUCCAAAAACAACAAAUUCAUUAAAUUUAAUUGUUCUGAAUAUUUCUAAAUAACAAUACAUAAUUUUGCAAAAUAUUCAAGGCUUUGAAAAUAACUAAACAGUUCACAAUGUGUGUGAAUACAACUUACUGCAAAUAACUACAACUUUUAAUCGUAAUACUAACAGCUCUUAUGUACAUUAUGUGACUGCAUUGUUUAAAUUAUAUACUCAAUUCCAUAGACUACUUUACAUGUAAACCCUACCUCCCCUCAACAUAUCUAGCGCAAACACCUAAAUAUGAGACAUACAUUUUUAGCAUAAUAAUAAUGUAUUGGUGCAUCUGCCUACAGGAAAGGUUGUCAAAGGAACUUGUGCAACUAAUAUUUUUCAUCAUAAUCAUAUGAUAUAUAUAUAUAAUAGUGCAUAUCUAAGGCACUUUUUCAGCUCAUCAUUUUAUACAGAAUCAAUUACAAUAUAAAGUGUGUGCAACCCCCUCUCUGGGGUCUAUACUUAGUAAUGCAUAUAACUCAGCACUAGACAAGUGUGUUGCCCAAAAACAUAGGGAUUGUGACCACUAUUGGUCACAACCUCUCAAUUGAAAGCCCAGAGCUUAUGGUUGCAGCCCCUCCCCCCAAGUUAUUGAGAAUAGAUUCUACAUUGAAUUAAAUAUUUUUUAUUUCAUAUUUAAAUCUUUCGACAGUAAACAGAAGCAAUAUCAGUAAGCCCUAUAAGAAACCAGUUAUAAUUACUAAUUUUCAGUUUACAAUUCAAAUAAAAUUGUAUAUUCAACUUAACUUUCUAAAAAUAUAAGAGGAAUAUAAUAUCUGGAAUACAAGUUCAAAUACAACGUAUUAAAAUAGAAAUACAGAAGAAGAAAUUUGGAAGGCAUGCAAGAUUUUAAAAUGUAUUAUCGUUUCUUGUGAAGUGUUUAAACAUUUAUAAGUGAUGCAUAAUUAUUGCACUGCAUAAAAUUACAAUAUAACAAAAAAGAUAAAUAAAAUAUCAACUGCUACAAAUAUUUAAACAAAAUUUCAUUCUAAGAAAUGUAUAAUGUGUAGUUUUAUUAAAUAGACUUAAAUUUAUCAAAUUGAAUUUAAGUUUUGCAUCAUAUAAAUUCAAACAAAUAUUUUUAAGUUACUGUAUACAUAGUCACAUGAUUAGAAUGUUUAUUGAAUUUUAGUAAACCCAAUAAAGAGCCACAGCCACAGCAAUUUUUGGAGGCUUCGGUGCAGCAUUUAUUUGGGAGUGGACCUUGCUACGAAUUACAGUAAUCUGACUUGUUGCUACAUUUGUGAGCGAUUGGUUGGUUGGUGCCUUGAUAACAGAGAACAUAGGCACAUUGUGAUUUACUUUUAAUUCAAUUAAGGGCUUAUUCAAGAAAGGCGCUUAUUUGAUCGUUUAAAGUACCAUACAUCAAAUAAUUAUCUCUCAAGAUAUAAACAUU